AUGGCCGUUGGGAAGAACAAACGGAUAACGAAAGGAAAGAAGGGAGGCAAGAAGAAAAUUGUCGACCCGUUCACCAAGAAGGACUGGUAUGACGUCAAGGCGCCGUCCGUCUUCAAAGUGAGGAACGUGGGCAAGACGCUCGUGACGAGGACGCAAGGCACAAAGAUUGCGUCCGAGGGACUGAAAGGCCGCGUGUUUGAGGUAUCGUUGGCUGACCUUCAGGAGAAUGAAGACAACUCCUACCGGAAGUUCAGACUCCGUGUGGAAGACGUCCAGGGGAAGAAUUGCCUUACCAACUUCUGGGGGAUGAACUUCACAACAGACAAGCUGAGGUCCCUCGUCCGGAAAUGGCAGUCUCUUAUCGAGGCAGUGGUGGAGGUGAAAACAACCGAUGGCUACACUCUCCGGGUGUUCUGCAUCGGCUUCACCAAGAAGCACAGGCAUCAAGUGAAGAAGACUUGCUAUGCCCAGUCCUCCCAGGUCCGACAAAUACGCAAGAAGAUGGUCGAAAUUAUCACGAGAGACGCCUCUUCUUGCGACCUGAAGACCCUUGUGACGCACUUUAUCCCAGAAGCGUUUGGGACGACGAUCGAGAAGGAAUGCAAGGGCACCUACCCUCUUCAGAACGUCUUCAUCCGGAAGGCGAAGAUUGUCAAAGCCCCAAAGUUCGACCUCACAAAGCUAAUGGAGGUGCAUGGGGACUACGGUGAAGAGGCUGGCACAGCUGUUCCUCGAUUGGAGGGUGAGGAAGAGGCCACCGAGACCCCAGGUGGUGAUUGGGGUGACAGCUAG